CGGGUUUGACAACAGAAAGCUAGGUCACUUUAAAGUGACUGGUGUGAGCUGGUAACCCUGAGCAUUCAUCAUUUACAUCGAGUAUUGACUUUUAACCUGAACUUGUGCAUGAUUUGGGGCAUAAACCUGGGAAUGAGACGGGUCCAUUCAUCAGUUGACCGAUAGAAACACAGGGUCCAUUCUGAUGUUCUGGACGAUUUGCCAACAUACUCUUGCAUGACAUGUACAUGAUCACUAGUUAGUAUCUCAACACUGCGCAGUGCAGAAGUGACUGAGAUGACAGAUGCUCUCACUGAUAAAAACCUCUGCUGGAGAUGAAGACUGAAGUGACUCGACAACUGUGUGAAUGUGUUUCUAUAAUUCAGCUAAAAGUAAAGCAGCAUUUUGUCCUCAUGUCAGAGGUGUGUUGAUUCUGAAUUUUCCUGCAUGAUUGUUUCCAAUAAAACAAAAAGCCAUUAAAUAAUAAGAGAAGCAUGACAUGACACUUUAAGAUUCAGUUCAUGCAAAGGAUGAACAGUUUUGCAAUACAGGUUUAACAGAAAGGAGGAGUCUGAUAUCUAAAUCUAUUAUUUUAUACGUUGAAGAACACAAGGCUGAACACAAACGAGAUCUACUGAGAAGAUGGCAAUGACGGUGUUCGUCGUGGCUCUGCUUUCUGUUUUCACGGCGUCUGUUGUCUCUGGAUUCAAGCCGUUCGACUGUUCUGAAAUCUACAGAUCAGGACAAACAGUCAGUGGGAUUUACUCCAUCUAUCCAGCCGGCGACAUUCCUGUCUGGGUUUACUGUCAGAUGAUUUCAGAUGGGAAAGAUGAAGAGAACGGAGGAUGGACGGUGUUUCAGAGGCGAAUGGAUGGCAGGAUUAACUUCUAUCAGCCGUGGGAAGAGUACAAGAGAGGAUUCGGGACCACCGAGGGCGAAUACUGGCUGGGACUAGAGAACCUCUACCAGCUGACCCGCCACAAGAAGUUCAUGCUGAGAGUGGAUCUGGAGGACUUUGAAGGAAGGAGAGGUUUCGCUCAGUACUCGUCCUUCUCUGUGGGUUCUGAAGCUGAAGGGUAUAGACUGCAGGUCUCUGGAUUCACUGAUGGAGGAGCAGGCGACUCUUUGACUGAUCACAAUGACCAGAAGUUCUCCACCUUUGACAAAGAUCAAGACGCCUAUGGAGAUAACUGUGCCCAAGAGUUUUUAGGGGCAUUUUGGUUCAAAUACUGUCACAACACAAACCCCAAUGGUGUGUAUUUAUGGGGAGAAGAUGACACACAUUUCGGCAUUGGUGUGGUUUGGUCAACCUGGAAGGACAGUUUCACUGUCAGCAUGAAAUCUCUCAGCUUGAUGAUCAAAUCCAAGUCUUAGAAACAGUGAACAUCUAAAACAUGUUCUUAACUAUGCCACUCAGCAAAACAAUAACCAUUAAAAUGAUUUAUCUUCUGCAUGUUAGUGCAUUUUUUUUUUUGACAAACAAUUAUUCAGUUUUGUUAAUCUUUAACUAAAAUUUGACCAUCUGCUUCCCCUCUGACAUGGCUGUCCUCUGAUGAUUCUGAUUGGGCGAAAUAUGCUUAGCCACACCCCUCCAACCAUUAGUUUGCUAAAAGUAAAAAAUCAGAGGCGUGACUCAAAACAAUCUCCCGCUCCUUCCCAAUAUUCUAUUUCAGUUGGAAAUGCGUCAUCAUACUGAAAUACAAAUGUUACGUUAGUGUUCACUUUAUUUUAUUGAAAGUGUUAAUCCUAAAAGAAGUUCAGAUACAUCCACCUAAAACGGCAGGGCAGUACGGACUUCCCAAAGAAGAUUGUUCAGAGACGGGCAUUUACAAACAAAAUGUAGUAAGAUUGGACAAUUUCAGACCAGAAACGAGACACACACUUAUAGCCUCGCACCAGAAAUACUGAUAGAGGAAGGGAGUUUGUGGUAUUUGACUAAAUUUUAUGAGGGCAAAUGAACUUUUACUUUUUAAGUGCACAGACACAUUGUUUACACAAAGCACUCUUCAUAUAAAAAUUAGAGUCAAUUAGUUUACUUUAUGUAUGUUGAAAUUAUUUGUAAAGUUUAUUUGAUUCAACUUUAACAAUUAAAAGCAGCAAAAUUUUUUGUGAAAUGUGCUCGUCCUCUGUGUUUUGACCAACAGAGGGCGCUGUCAGAACAGCUUCGUGUUGUUUUCUUGUUAUUCAUACAGAAACACACACCAGGCCUCACUAGAGUAAACUGAACUGCAGCUCUAUAUAGGCACUC